AUGACCAUCACAUCGAUUACCCGUAUCGCGACAGAGCGUAAUUUCCCUACGCCUCCCCCAGACGGCGAGCCGCAGUCAAGCCCCCGAGUCUAUCCCGCUCCAGACUUCCCCUUCAAAGGAUGGCAGCCUCCGAGGGCAGAUGGCUACCGGCAGAGUGCAGCCACCCCUUCUGAAAGCGCAAUAGUCAUCGACAAUGGAGCCAACACCAUUAAGGCCGGGUUCUCUUUCGAUAAGAGCCCCCGAUUCCUCGUACCCCCAAUCAUGGCCAAGUUCAAAGACCGAAAGUACAACAAGUAUUGCGCAUUUGUCGGCUACGAUGCCUACGCCGAUGCCACGACUCGGGGCCAAAUCAGGACGGCCUUUGAGCAAAAUACUAGCAUUGCGACGAAUUGGGACAUCUUAGAGGGUGUGUACGACUACAUUUUUCUCAAAUUGGGUGUGGAUGGGGAAGGUACUGUGGGCAGACCUCUGGUCGUCACGGAGCCUGUUGCGAACCUGGGCCAUAGCAGAAGAAUGAUGAACGAAAUGCUCUUUGAAUGCUACAACGCGCCAAGUGUCACCUACGGAAUUGACAGCCUGUUUUCCUACCGCCAAAACAAGGGCCAGUCCGGGCUUAUCGUGUCUUCAUCUCAUACCUCGACGCACAUUAUACCAGUGUUGAAUCGGAAGCCUCAGAUGCAAAUGUGCACAAGGUUGAAUUGGGGAGGCUCGCAGGCUCAGGAGUACCUGCUGAAACUCCUUCGCCUGAAGUACCCCACCUUUCCUGGGAAGUUUACUACGGAGCAGAUGGAGACAUACAUCAAGCAAUAUUGCAAUCUUUCAACCGACUUUGCAACUGAGUUAUCUACCUAUCUCGACUGGACUGGCCUGGAAGAAAACCGAGAUAUCAUAAUUCAGUACCCUUUCACAGAACAGGUCGUGGUCGAGAAAUCGGCCGAGGAGCUUGCCAGGGUAGCCGAGCGCAAAAAGGAGUCUGGUCGGCGACUUCAAGAGCAAGCUGCGAAGAUGCGCCUGGAGAAGCUCAUCAAGAAAGAGCAAGAGUUGGAGUACUAUCAGAAGCUGCACAACUCUUACGUGAACGCACCAACCAAAAAGGAGCAGCGUCGAAUUUUGGAUGAUGAAGAGCUUAAAGAUGAAGCCGCCUUGGAGAGAAUCAUCCGUGACCUGGAUAAAUCGAUCAAGAAAUCUAGGAACAAGGAGCUGGGUGCUCCGGAAGAAGAAGAAAACCUUGAAGAGCAGCUCAAUAAGUUCCCUCUUCUUGAUGUCCCAGACGAUCAGUUGGACGAGGAUGGCAUCAAGGAGAAGCGGCAUCAGAGACUGAUGAGAUCAGGUGUCGAGGCGAGAUUAAGAGCCAAGGCGGAAAAAGAACGUGAGAGAGCGCGUGUGGCUGAAGAAGAAAGAAAAGACCGUGAAAUGCGUGAGAAUCGGUUCGGUGAAUGGCUCGCGGGUCGUCGACAACAGCGCCUUGCACUUUUGGCCAAGAUCAAGGAGCAAGCAAGGCAAAAGGCAGAUUCCAGCAAUCGCAAAGGCAUUGCUUCGCAAAUGCGUAUGAAAACCUUGGCGAACCUCGCCUCAGAUGGACCGAAGCGGAAGCGCAGAGGUGGAGGGGAUUAUGACGACGACUUUGGAGCCAACGAUGAGGACUGGGGCGUUUACCGGACCGUUGCCACUGAGCCCGCCAGCGACGACGAGGAGCCCGAGGAAGACCCACUUACCGCUUUGAAAGCUCUUGAGAGCGAGCUUCUGCAAUUUGACCCAGAAUUUUCGGAAAACGACACCAUUGAAGCGCAGAACGACUGGACAAAGAGCGUUUUGCACGCCUUCUUACGAGGAGCGAGGCCAGCGGAUCCGGAAAGUCAGCGAGAGGCAAAUCAGAUUCACCUCAACGUCGAACGCAUCAGAGUGCCCGAGGUAGUGUUUCAGCCAGCGAUUGCUGGAGUGGACCAAGCUGGUCUAGUGGAAAUCAUUGAAGGUAUCGUCAUGAGUCGUUUCUCAAGCUUCGACCAACAACAGGCGCUCCUGAAGGAUGUCUUUCUGACAGGCGGAAACACCAUGUUUCCGACUUUCGAGGAACGACUCAGGCAAGAACUCAUUGCAACAUUACCGUGCGAUUUCACAAUCAACGUCCGCAAGGCAAAUGACCCAAUUCUUGAUGCCUGGAAAGGAGCAGCUUCUUGGUGGAGCACUUCGGAUGAAAUCGACCGUGAGUCGGCCACCGUGACGCAUGCGGAGUACAUGGAGAAAGGAAGUGACUACAUCAAGGAGCAUGACCUGGGCAAUUUUGUCGCUCCGCCUUUCACGUUCGGCGGAUGA